AUGCGCAUCGUCGCCGAGGAAAAGAGUGAGCAUCACCCGCUAUCCUCCCCCUCCCCUCCUUUUUUCAAAUCCUCGGCCGGAACUUGGAAGGCUGACCUUGUCACGGCACCGCCCCAAGGCAGCAUACACCAGCUUGCCACCCAGCACCGCCUGCAAAUGAUGCAGGAGAAGGCGAAGAAGGGCGGGGUUGACCAGCGGCUCCGCGGGCGCCAGCUGUGGCGCUUCCGACAGCACCUUCUCGAGACGGACCCGGCGAGCGAGAAGCUCGCGGCAAUGGAGACGGCCGACCCGGGCCUCGCGUUCCUCGACUAUCUGGGCUGGGACACGGCGUCGCCAGACGAGCAUGAGGAGAAGUUGCUCCCCAGCUGGGACGGCGAGGGUCUCGGCCGCUUCGGCACGUGGAUUAAUGGCACCUUCAGCAAGACGUGGCGCCGCGACUGGGAGAAGCAGGGCAGGCCAAAACGGUCCGCAACCGAGGAGGAUCCAGGACCGCAGGACCCGCUGUCGUCGUAUGUGACUGGAGAAGGAGGUAGUACGGCGAUAGGGUCAGGAACAGGAGGAGGGGAUGAUGCGGUGCAACACGAUGGAGGGUUGGUUACUGCAACGUGUCGGACUGGAGGAGAUGGUGGGGGAGAGGAAGAUGCCGAGGGCAGCAGAAGUAAGCCGCCAUGUCAUCCUCCCAUGGACGCAACCCCCUCCCCAUCCUCCGGCGCCUGCAAACGUCCUCUGCCGAUAACACGACUUCAGACGCAGACACAAUCCCAGGGCCUUGAAAAGCCAUCGCAGCAUCCCACCAACGCGCAUCUAUCUCGUAACCUGCGGGACCUUUCCAUAUCUAGCCCUUUAGUGCGGCACCCAGAUGAAGACGGCCAGUGGCUGCGAUAUGACGCGGCCGAGUGUGGCGCGCGUGCCCAACUCCUGGAAGAUGACGGACUCUUCCCUCCCGGCCUCCGGCCCGGGGUCAGCGGGUGGUCUCAGGACAGGUUGGUCCGAUGGACCCAGGAGCAACAACAAGAACAAGAGGGGCAGAGCACAGCGACGACGAACCAUGUCUUGGGGUUGGCGCAGGAGGAGGCAUGUCCACCCCCAAAGCACAGGAACGUCCCUGGGGUUUUGGGCAGAGAGGCGGGAGGGCCCUACAGGAGCGCCGAUGUCACGGGGUGGUCGGCCGGGAGACUGCAAAACUUUUACGAAUUUUACAGGACCGUCUAUCGAGCAGGUGACAAGAAGUAG